AUGGCGAAUGAUAAGCUGAGGCUUGGUGUCAAAAUCAUCCAGGUCCUGUUUCCUUUUGCUUUUGAGAUCAUUCUACAGCGCCUUCGAGCUCUCGCCCAUUCAUGGACCUACCGUGCCGUACCGGACCCUAAAGACAUUGUUGUGAUCGGCGGGUCGUUCACAGGCAUUCAUGUCGCGCGUCGCCUUACUGAAAGCAUCCCCACGGGUUACCGGGUUACAAUGAUCGAGAGGAAAUCGCAUUUCAACUAUCUCUUCAACUUCCCUCGUUACUCGGUUCUCGCUGGCCAUGAAGAGUAUGCUUUCAUACCGUACGAUACGCUGUCAAAUGCUGCACCAGAGGGCUCAUUCCGCCAUAUGAAAGACACAGUGACAAGCAUCAAAGAUGGUCAAGUCUAUCUACAGUCUGGUGAGACUGUAGAUUUUGCGUACCUGGUUAUUGCCACCGGAUCAAAACAGAGUCUGCCGUCAAAGGGCGUUGCUACGGAAAAGGAAGACGGGUGCCGGGAGCUUCAAGAGGUACAGAAUGACAUCAAAGCCGCUACCCGCAUUGCUGUCGUUGGAGGCGGUGCAGUUGGCGUCGAAGUCGCGACAGAUAUCAAAUAUUUCUAUCCGGAAAAAGAAGUUACGAUUGUCCACUCAAGGGAUAGGUUGCUACAUCGAUUCGGGCCAAGACUGCAUGAGUAUGUGUUGAGCCAGAUGCAAGAAAUGAGAAUACAUGUGCGUCUGAAGGAGCGGCCUCUGAUUAUGAGAGAGGAGAACACAUUACUGUUUUCCAACGGGGAGCGGGAGGAAUAUGACUUGGUCUUGCCUUGUGCUGGCCAGACGCCGAAUUCCGCCAUCAUACAAGACCUAGCCCCCAGUGCGAUAUCCCAGCAGACAAGAGAAAUUCGAGUCAAACCUACAUUACAGAUCAUGGCAGAUUCGAAAGAAGAAGACUGGUCAUCAUCUAACACUUUUGCUAUCGGCGAUGUGGCCGCGACCGGAGGUGCGAAGAUGGCACGUGCUGCAGUGUUUCAGGCAGAAGUCAUUGUUCAGAAUAUCCUAGCCAUGAUUAGUGGAAAAGAGGCAUCUAGUGUAUACAAGCCGCGCUCUGACAUAGAAGGAAGCAUCAAUUUGAGUUUGGGAAAGGACCAUGCGGUACUAUAUACGGAAGAUGAUGACGGCAGUGAUUAUCUGAUACCCGUGAAAUCAGGCCAGGAGGACCUAGAGAUUAAGAACGGAUGGAGGAUGCUAGGUGGGAAGUUUCCAGGAAAUAAGUAA